AUGGACCGUGCUGGACCCGCGCCGCCCGCUCCCAGCGACAGCACGAGCGAACCGACGCCUCCUCCUGCGAAAAGGCCCCGCAACGGCUCGACAGACGGCGACAGCGGCAAAGGGCGUGUGAAGGGCACAAAGGCGACGAGCUGCCGUGAAUGCAUCAGGCUGAAACUCAAGUGCUCGCGAGAAUGGCCCUGCACGAGCUGCGUGCGGAGGAAGGUCGCGUCCCUCUGUCCUGACGGCGAACUCCCACAUCGCGACGUCUUCCUGCAACAAGAAACCAUCAAGGAACUCCUCGAGCAGAACAAGGCGCUCACGGCCGCCCUUCAACAAGAACAACAACAGCAGCAGCAGCAGCGAUCUCCGCUCCCCCAGUACGCGCACACCAGUCUCCCAGUUCCGCCACUGCCGCAACAACCCGCCGCUCCAGUCUCCUCUUCCCUCCAGUCUCUCCUCCUUUCGCCUCUCGCGGCUGCCACGGCUCCUUCUCCGCCCUUCGACAGAGACUCCCCCGAUGCGCCAGGCAACCCGCUUGAAGCAGCUGCAGGACGCGGACCAGGUGUGAUGGAGACGGAGGGUACCGCGGCAAGGUUUCACGGGAGGGGAGCUGGAGCGUUGUUCCUCAUUGAUGCCGGGACUACGGACUCGCCAGACCUGUACCCGGGCGAACUGCUCUUCCCGUUCGCGUCGGCUCCUGCGACAAGCGCGAUGCUCCCGCCUGACCAGUACCCGCCAUACGAUGCGGCGCUCGGAUACAUCAACGUCUACUUCACCGAAGUCGACUGGAUGUACCAGCCCUGCGCUCGCACCUUCGUCGACUCGGACCUACGCCAACUCUACUCCGGCCCUUCCAACACCGCCAACCCCUGCUGUCUCCAUCCACAUCGCCUCGCGACCCUCCUCACCAUCUUCGCCCUCGCCCUUACGUUCUCCCAGAACCUAGAGAUCGCGUCGAGGCGGAGGAACCCGCAGGCGACCGCGUUCUUCAAUGCGGCCGCGGCGUUAUUGACCAGCCCGCCGUACAACUUCAUGAGCAGGCCGACGGUCGCGGCGGUCAAGUGCCUCCACCUGAUGGUCUCGUAUCUCUUCUGCUCUGGCGACCGCGAAGGCGCCCGUUCAGCCUGGACAAUCCUCGGACUCGCCUCGCGCGCCGCUCAGGCGCUCGGGUUGCACAAGAAUUGCGCGGCAUGGGGUUUGAGCGCCGACGUGACUGAGGAGCGCGCUCGAGCAUGGUGGGAAAUCUUCGUCUACGACUUGCUGCAGUCGCUCAACUUUGGUCGACCCUACGCCAUCCCUCUCCACUUUAUCUCCUGCCCGCGCCCUACUCCGCCUGCGACAGGCGUGACCGACUCGGCGUUCCACGCAGUCAAGUACGAGAUCUCGCUCAUGUUCGCCAAGAUUGCCGACUUGCUCGCCGCGCCGGACUUGCCCGACUACGCGGCGGUCCUCCAACUCGAUCGCGAGUUCAAGGCGACCGCCGCCAAGGCUCCGCACUGGUUGCGGCUUGACGAGACCACCUCCUCGGCCAGCUCGACCCACCCUCCGUCCGACAUCGAGCGCAAACUCAUCCCGCAACGACACAUGCUCGUCCUCCUCCUCCACAAAGGACUCCUCGCGCUCCACCGUCCUUGGUUCGCCAAGGCUUUGAUGAGCGGGACCGAGCCGAUGACGAGUCCGUACGCGGCGAGCUUCAACGCGUGCUUGAUCUCGGCGAGGAGGCACACGAGUUUGAUGAGGAGCGUGUUGGAAAAGGCGCCGAGGGCAGCGGUCACUUGGUGGUUCUACGCCUUCCACACUUUCACCUCGGCCGUCAUCCAAUCCAGCGUCCUCCUCCGCGCGCCCUAUUGCAUGCUCAACGAAGACAUCCGCGCCGACUUUGCACAAGCACUCCAAGUCUUCAACGACAUCGAGCCGUAUUCGGCGCUUGCGGGGAGGGCGUUGCCGAUUUUGAGGAAAUUGAAGGAGGCGCUGGAGAGGGGUCCGAAUGUGGGAGGGGAGUGUCAGGUGCAGCAGCCGGCGCAGGUGCAGCAGCCAGCGCAGGUCGUGCAUCAAGCGAACUCGACGGACAGUCUCUCCGUCUUGCCCGCUCCGCCGACCUACCCUCCUCUUCCGGUCGAUCCCUCGCUCAACCCGUCCACCGCCGCCUUCGCUCCGCCUCCACAACAGCACUACGACGUUCACAAUGACCCCGCCGGCGUCCUCCUCUCGAACCUCAAUACGCCGAUGGCGUGGGACUCGCGCGCCCUCGACUUUAGCUCGUACGACUCGAUUGGCGAGACUUUGCUGUUCUGGAACCCGGCGAGCGCGCUGGGACCAGAGACGAACGCAUGGAACCUUGGCGGGUUCUGA